GGGGCUGGUUAGCCCUGACCAUUAUCCGUUUCCAAUUCACCAACUCAAAGACGCCCGAUCCAUCAAAACUCCGGGUCAGUGCUCUAAAAUGAGUCUCUCUGGGAAGAAAGGGGAGGGACCUGCAUCUAAAAGGCAUCUCUCUGGGGAGAGAAAGGAGGGGGGCCCUGCCUCUAAAAUGUGUCUCUCUGGGGAACAUGACACCAAAGCUAAGAGACCAAUCCAGCAGGAGAGACCAGCCUCCCCUGUUCCCAGCUGUGUGUCCAUGAAGAGUGACCGGUCUAUGCGUCUACCUAUAGUGUUUAGAGAGGGAGACUUUUCUACUGAACAAAGACCAAUCCAGCAGGAGAGACCAGCCUCCCCUGUUCCCAGCUGUGUGUCCAUGAAGAGUGACCGGUCUAUGCGUCUACCUAUAGUGUUUAGAGAGGGAGACUUUUCUACUGAACAAAGACCAAUCCAGCAGGAGAGACCAGCCUCCCCUGUUCCCAGCUGUGUGUCCAUGAAGAGUGACUGGUCUAUGCGUCUACCUAUAGUGUUUAGAGAGGGAGACUUUUCUACUGAACAAAGACCAAUCAAGCAGGAGAGACCAGCCUCCCCUGUUCCCAGCUGUGUGUCCAUGAAGAGUGACCAGUCUAUGGAACCUCCUAUAGUGUUUAGAGAGGGAGACUUUUCUACUGAACAAAGGCACAAGGACAACGUAGCACGUCCUGUGAACACGUCAGGGUUCCAUAGCCGGAGGCAGACCAGCAGAAACUGGAUCAGCAGCACAACAAGUCCAAUCAAGCAGGAGAGACCAGCCUCCCCUGUUCCCAGCUGUGUGUCCAUGAAGAGUGACCGGUCUAUGAUUCUACCUAUAAUGUUUAGAAAGGGAGACUUUUCUACUGAACAAAGAAACCAACAGGGGAGACCAGAGUCAGAGAUUCUCAGUGGUCAGUCUUCCCAGAGUCAUCAAACAGACCUGGCCUCCAUAUUCAGUUUGCUUGAAGAGAAAAUUAUGACAUUUGUGAAGAACGAGCUGAAGAUGUUCAAGAGGAUUCUUAGUCCAGAACUCCCAGAAGGCUUUGAGAGUCAGAAGCAGGAUAAGGAAGUGGUGGACCCUGAAGAUGAGCAGCAGGAGAGCAGUGCCAGAGAGGGGGCUCUGAAGAUCACACUGCACAUCCUGAGGAAAAUGAACCAGAAGGAGCUUGCUGACACACUGGAGAAAUAUUCAGAUGAGCUCGCUGUGAUUUGCCAACGUGAACUCAAAUCUAAUCUAAAGAAGAAGUUUCAAUGUGUAUUUGAGGGGAUCGCUAAACAAGGAAACCCAACACUUCUCAAUAAGAUCUACACAGAGCUCUACAUCACAGAGGGUGGAACAGGAGAGGUCAAUAAUGAACAUGAGCUGAGACAGAUUGAGACAACAACCAGGAAACAAGCAAGACCAGAGACUGCAAUCAAAUGUAACGACAUCUUCAAACCCUUAACUGGACAAGACAAACCUAUCAGAACUGUGCUGACAAAGGGAGUCGCUGGAAUUGGAAAAACAGUCUCUGUGCAGAAGUUCAUUCUGGACUGGGCUGAAGGAAAAGCAAAUCAGGAUGUCCAAUUUGUAUUUUCAUUCCCUUUUCGGGAGCUGAAUUUGAUGAAAGAGGACAAACACACUUUCAUUGAACUUCUCAAUCACUUCUCAAUGGAAACCAAACAAUCAGGAAUCUCCAUCUACAACAAGUACAAAGUUCUGUUCAUCUUUGAUGGUCUGGAUGAGUGCCGACUGCCCCUAGACUUCCAGAAGAACAAGAUCUGUUGGGACGUCACAGAGUCAACCUCAGUGGAUGUUCUGCUGACAAAUCUCAUCAAGGGAAAUCUGCUUCCCUCUGCUCUCCUCUGGAUAACUACCCGACCUGCAGCAGCCAAUAAGAUCCCCCCUGAGUGUGUUGACCAGGUGACAGAGGUACGAGGGUUCAAUGACCCGCAGAAGGAGGAGUACUUCAGGAAGAGAUUCAGGGAUGAGGACCUGUCCAGCAGAAUCAUCUCACACAUAAAGACAUCAAGGAGCCUCCACAUCAUGUGCCACAUUCCAGUCUUCUGUUGGAUUUCUGCAACAGUCCUUGAACACAUGCUGAAACAUAAGAGAGAAGAGAUGCCCAAGACUCUGACUGAGAUGUACACACACCUUGUGGUGUUUCAUACCAAACAGAAGAAUGCAAAGUAUCUUGGGAGAGAAGAGACAGGUCCACACUGGAAUAAAGAGAGCAUUCUGUCACUGGGAAAACUGGCUUUUCAACAGCUUGUGAAAGGCAAUUUGAUUUUCUAUGAAGCAGACCUGAAAGAGGCUGGAAUUGAUGUCAAUGAAGCCUCAGUGUACUCAGGAUUGUGCACACAGCUCUUUAAAGAGGAAUGUGGGCUGUACCAGGACAAGGUGUACUGCUUUGUUCAUCUGAGCAUUCAGGAGUUUCUGGCUGCUGUAUAUGUGUUCCUCUCAUUCAUCAACAACAAUGAGAAUCUAAUGGACAAACUGCAAACAAACGACAAGCCUGAAGUUACUUUCUACAAGAGUGCUGUGGAUAAAGCCUUACAAAGUGAGACAGGAAACCUGGACCUUUUCCUCCGCUUCCUUCUGGGCCUCUCACUGGAGUCCAAUCAGAAGCACUUGCGAGGUCUACUGACAAAGACAAGAAGCAGCUCACAGAGCCAUGAAGAAACAGUCAAGUACAUCAAGGAGAAGAUCGGGGAGGAUCUCUCUCCAGAGAGGAGUAUCAAUCUGUUCCACUGUCUGAAUGAACUGAAUGACCAUUCUCUAGUGGAGGAGAUCCAAAGAUACCUGAGAUCAGGAAGUCUCUCAAAACCCAACCUGUCACCUGCACAGUGGUCAGCUCUGGUCUUUGUGUUGCUGACUUCAGAACAGGAGCUGGAUGUGUUUGACCUGAAGAAAUACUCCAGAUCAGAGGAAGGUCUUCUGAGGCUGCUGCCAGUGGUCAAAGCCUCCAGAGCUGUUCUGCUGUCAGGCUGUGGAGUCACAGAGGAAGGCUGUGCUUCUCUGGUCUCAGCUCUGAGGUCAAACCCCUCACACCUGAGAGAGCUGGACCUGAGUAACAAUGACCUGAAGGAUUCAGGAGUGGAGCUGCUCUCUGCUGGACUGGGGAAUCCCCACUGUAAACUGGAGACUCUGAGGCUGUCAGGCUGUCUAGUCACAGAGGAAGGCUGUGCUUCUCUGGUCUCAGCUCUGAGGUCAAACCCCUCACACCUGAGAGAGCUGGACCUGAGCUACAAUCACCCAGGAGACUCAGGAGUCAGACUGCUCUCUGCUGGACUGGAGGAUCCACACUGCAGACUGGAGAAACUCAAUGUGGAACAUGGUGGAGAGAACAGAAUGAAACCUGGACUUAGAAAAUAUGUCUGUGAUCUCACACUGGACCUAAACACAGUAAACAGACGCCUCUCUCUGUCUGAGGAGAACAGAAAGGUGACAUGGAGGACAGAGGAGCAGCCGUAUCCUGAUCACCCAGAGAGAUUUGAGGUCUGGGGACAGGUGCUGUGUAGAGAGGGUCUGACUGGGUGCUGUUACUGGGAGGUAGAGUGGAGUGGGAUAAUGGGGGCUGGUAUAGGAGUGACAUAUAAAGGAAUCAGCAGGAGAGGAAGGGGUGAUGACUGUUGUCUUGGAUACAAUGACAAGUCCUGGAGUCUGUUCUGCUCUGACAACAGUUACUCUGCCAGGCACAAUAAUAAACCCACUACCAUAGACGUCCCCUCCUCCAGCUCCCACAGAGUAGGAGUGUAUCUGGACUGGUCAGCCGGCACUCUGUCCUUCUAUAGAGCCUCCUCUGACACACUGACCCACCUGAUCACAUUCACCUCCACAUUCACUGAGCCCCUCUAUCCAGGGUUUAGGGUCGAUUAUGCCUCCUCAGUGUCCCUAAAAUAAUAACCUGACACACACUGGAUUCUCACACACAUUACACACACAAACACUGGACAAACACACACACACAUAUUCACACUGGACAAACACACACACACACUGGACAA